AAUGCACUUCUUUUUUUCCACGCUGCAGAUUGCUCCAAACCUGAAUGCUACCAUGGUGGUACCUGCAAGCAAGCUCUUUACUCCCCCGAAUUCAUCUGUCAGUGUCCCAAAGGGUUCAAAGGAUCUCGAUGUGAAAUUAGCACAAGUGCAAAGUGUAUUGAGGGUCAGGGGGUCCGUUACAGGGGAACCUGGUCAGUGACAGAGUCGGGAAAUACAUGUCUCAACUGGAACGCGACUGCCGUCAUGAACAAGAAGUACCAGGCUAGGCGCCAGGAUGCCCAUCAGCUUGGGCUUGGUAAUCACAAUUACUGCAGGAAUCCAGACAGUGAUAAACAGCCCUGGUGCCACGUCUACAAAGGCAGUCAGCUGACCUGGGAAUACUGCUCCAUCCCCAGCUGCUCUGCAGCCUCUCCUGUGGACUGCUAUACCGACAAAGGCACCUCAUACCGUGGAACCAAAAGCGUUAGCCACUUAGGGACGCAGUGCUUACAUUGGGACUCGCCAGCUCUCCUAGACAAGCAAUUCACGGCUUGGAAACCUAAUGCCUGGAAGCAAGGCCUUGGUAGCCACAACUAUUGCAGGAACCCAGAUAAUGAUGUGAAGCCAUGGUGCCAUGUUAGACGGGGCAGAAGCUUGACCUGGGAAUACUGUGAUAUCCCCAAGUGUGCUGUUUGUGGGCAGAGGAUGCCAGCUCAGAACCAGUACCGGAUCAAGGGUGGACAAGUUUCGGACAUCACCUCUCAUCCCUGGCAAGCCGCCAUCUUUAUUUACAGCCCCCGAGGUCAAAACUAUGCCUUCCGUUGUGGUGGUGUCCUGCUCGACUCCUGCUGGGUGCUUAGUGCUGCCCACUGCUUUCCAGAAGAGCCUGCGAUCGACCGGCUGCAGGUGGUGCUGGGACGUACCUAUCGUGUUCAGAAUUCAACAAAUGAGCAGGUUUUUGGAGUGAAGAAAUUAUUUAUGCAUGAAAAGUUCAACCAUGAAACCUAUGAUAACGACAUAGUACUGUUAAAGCUCCAAGGCCAGGGUUCCAGAUGUGCUCAGGAGACCAACUAUGUCCGUCCAGUGUGCUUACCGGAGGCCCAGCUGACUCUUCCAGAUUGGACCGAAUGUGAGAUCUCCGGCUAUGGCAAGGAGGAAGAAUUCGGUGCUUUCUACUCCAAUCGGCUCAAGGAGGGCCACGUCCGCCUCUGGCCUGCAGACCAGUGCACCUCGGAUCGCCUCUCCGGUCGGCUCGUAACUAAGAACAUGCUGUGCGCCGGGGACACCCGUGAGCUGGACGAUGCCUGCAAGGGGGAUUCUGGUGGUCCACUUGUGUGUUCAAACAAAGGACGCAUGUCUCUGCUGGGCAUCAUCAGCUGGGGUGAUGGCUGUGGGAAGAAAAACACCCCUGGUGUGUACACCAAAGUGGUCAACUACUUGGACUGGAUCGAUGAAAGAAUGAAGCAGCAGAUGCCUUGAAAUCCGGGAACAGCCGUGUGGACCACCAAAGGAAUGGAGAUGGCCAGAAUAGACACUCUGGCGGUCAGUGGUGGCCAAGCAAAAUGGUACUAAACACUGAGCAGUCGAUAGUGGGUGACAGCAAGGACUGGAGAGAGAAGCACAACAGUGCUGGGCUAUAGUAAAGGGGGAGGGAGGGGUACAGGGAUACCAGGCAUAGGGAACAAACUGGCAGAAACCCCAAUAGGCAUUGACUAUUGAGAGAGAGGGGGCAUCAUCACGCUGUUUAUUGGCUCAAUGUUGUCACGUGUGAAACUCUUAACUCACAUGUACUAAUCGACAUGCAGGACGUCGCCACUCUCUUGUGUGGUCUAAGAAGCCCCUCUUUUUGCUAUUCAGAUCAUGUUUGGACACCUUUGUUUAAAUAAAUGUCAACUGCUUGCAGUUUUGGAUGCCCUCCACUUAGGACCACUGAUUAAAAUCUCAAGCUGAAUGCUUUUAGCAAAAUGUCC